AAAUCAUCAUAUAGUUAAAAAAAGAGAGACAAAAGACAGUUACGAUGCUUUCUUUGAUUUCAUGUUCACAUUCUUGCCCUCACCUUGUACAUCGUGGAAGAAUGGAAAGAUCUAAAGCACUUCAAGUUGCUAUGAAGCCUAUAAACAGAACCUCAAACAAAGGCAAUGCCUGGAAAGUUGGAGCAUGGGGUUUCCAAGGAUUGCAAAAGAUUGAUUGGAUUAGGAACAGCAGUGAUAAAUCCUUCAAGGAAAAAUACGUUCGCGUUGCUUUAGAAAAUGCUUAUGCAUCAGAAUUUGAGGAGAAAGAGGAGGAUUCUACUAAGUCUCAAAACUUUCUUUGGAAGAAACUCAAAGCAUUUUACGCAUUUACUCGUCCUUAUGCUGUCGUUGUAAAUGUUAUAUUAGCAACGACAAUUUCUCUACUUCCAGUGCAAACAAUUAAAGAGCUGUCACCUGCACUUUUUGCGGAGAUAUUCAAGGUAGUUGUGGCAACCACUUCGAUGUUUGUUUAUAUUGCAGGCGUGAACCAGUUAAAUGAUGUUGAAAUUGACAAGAUAAACAAACCAUAUCUCCCACUAGCUUCUGGUGACUUCUCAAUCGAAGCCGGAGUAGCUAUUACUUUUGCAGCUCUUUCAACGAGUUUGGUUAUGGGGAUUAUGUCAUCUCCAGCACUUUUUUCUGCCAUUUUAAUUUGUGUCCUUACCGCGACUAUGCAUGCAAUUGAUCUCCCCCUGCUCAGAUGGAAGAAACGCCCAUAUGUUGCAAUAAUUAGCAAUGUGAUCAUGAUCAUGGGUCACGUGCUUGCUUUAUUUACACACAUCCAGAAAUAUGUGCUUGGUAAGCCAAUGAUGAUUACAAGGUCAUUGGUAUUCGCUAUGGCUACUUCGGGCAUAUUUUUUACUAUCAUUACAAUGUUUAAGGAUAUUCCAGAUGAAGAAGGAGAUAAAGAACAUGGCAUUCAAUCGCUCAGCUUGAAACUAGGGAAAAAAAAUGUAUUCUGGCUUUGUAUUAACAUGCUAUUGAUGUCAUGCGGAGCUGCUGUGGUGGUAGGAGCUACUUCAUCAUCUCUUCUGAGCAGGCUUAUCACGAUUAUUGGUCAUUUUUUGCUUGCUUCCUUGGUCUUGCUUCGAGCUCAAUCGAUUGAUCUCAACAAUAAAGCGUCAACAACUUCGUUUUACUUGUUCAUCUGGCAGUUAUUCUGUGUUGGGUGUUUCCUCCCACUGUUUGUUCGCUAAGAAGAUCUGAAAGUUUGAAGUGUCUUUGACCU